AUCAAAUAGUCUUUUUGGUCAUAUGGUUGAAUGCCUUAAAAAACAAAAUUUGUACCGCUACCAGCUCUUGUCAAUAGUAAUGCCAUGAUCAGACCAUGAUUUUUCUUUUAUAUUUCGUUACAAAGUAACCAAUUCUUGGAACAGCGCACGAGCGUAAUAUUCUCUUUUUUUUUCUUGUUGGAACUUUGCAACUUGAUUCAGCAUACAUCAGUCAGUUAGUUUUUUUUAUUCAGUAAAGUAGUUAUAUUCUGGAACUUUUUUUCACUUGUCUAAUAUGUGGAUGAGUUAAAUGAAAAUCAUCUUAAAAAAUCUUAUUCCAUUCUCUUACAUCAUCAUGUUUUAAAUACGUUGUCACAUCGUUGGAUUCCAUUUGUGAUUUGUAGUUGAAUAACAAAAAAAAAAAUUUUCUGGAACCCAAUUGGUUGCUAGAAUAGUCAGUGAUUUUUUUUUCUGCAUUUUGAUUACAUUGUGAUUGAAUUUUUGUUUCACUGUGUGUAUUUUUUUUCUUUUUUUUUUUUUUGCUUCAGAUAAUAUAAUGAAUCUAUUCAGAUUGUCGUGCAUAUUGAUAACUAUAUUUGUUUGUUUCCAACUGAAUAUUUGUUCAUCAUUUUCAUCAUCAAUACUUAUUCUGAUAGCAUCAUCGAAUGAAAAGCAACAAAAUUUUAAUCAACAUAGUGACAAUGAAUCAUAUGAUCGUCGUAGACAAAAUCCUGAUUUUCAUUCAAUAUCAUAUUUUUUGAAUGAAAAUUUCAUAUUAAAUCAUAUCAUUUCAAACGAUUCUGUUCGUCACAAUCAAAGCAUUAUCGAUCACAAAAAUUCAAUAGAUGAAGUUAAUUCAGAUUAUGAAAAUUUAGGGAAUAAAAAAAUGAAUGAAAAUUUUAUUGAUCAAGAACUAGAAAAUCGAUCAUCUUAUGAUAAUAAUGAUGAUGAUGGAUCAUUCGUUGAACAUUUUGGCCUGAUCGAAGAAGAUUUACCGGAAUUGGACGAUUUAAAUCUUCAUAGUCAUAUAUUUAAUGCAUUAUUGAUAUUUUUCUACACUUUAUUAGCCAUUAUUUCAUUGGUUGGUAAUGGGCUUGUUUGUCGAGUACUUUUAGCACCAAAACAUUCAUCAUCAUAUACAUUACCGGUUAUGACGUCAAGUGGAACAGGUACAUCAAAAAUGUUGAUUGUUAAUUUGGCCAUUUCGGAUCUGCUGCUCACUACAUUUAAUAUUCCAAUGAAUAUUGUUCGUUUUGUUAGCCGUGAUUGGCCAUUCGGUUCUUUGAUCUGUACAAUGAUGCCUUUUAUACAAUCUGUUUCGGCUUAUUGCUCAGCAUGGACAAUGAUGAUCAUUGCAUUUGAACGUUAUCGAAAAAUUUUUCAUCCACGUACAAUGUUUCGUUUACGUAAUCUGUAUCGAAAUAAUCAUUAUAAUCGUAAAAAAACUCAAAAUAAUAAUGAUCAAAAACAAAACAAUCAUCAUAAUACAAAUUCUAAUGAAAGUGGAAGCUCAGCCUGUACGAAUGGACCAAAUUGUUCGAAUAAUUGCAUUAAAUAUUCUUUCUCCUCUUCGACCAAUUGUGAUCAAGUAGAGAUAUCGAUAUCGGCACCAAAUGCUAAUAUUGAUAAUAUUGAUAGCAUUAUUUUACAUAAUAAUAAUAUUCAUCAUAACCAAAAUCCCCGGCAACAGCAGCGAAUUUUUCUAAAUAAAAUCUCUCCCGAUCUUUGUCCAACAUUUCGACGAAUUCUAUCACAUAUUCGUUAUUUUUGUUGUGCAUAUUGUUGUUGCUGUUGUCCAAUUAAAUGGAUACCACCACCACCGUCUCUAAGUGAUAAAUCACCAUCAUCAUCGUCAAGACAAAUGGCCAAGUCAGCAUCGUUGACAUGUUCAAGAUAUUUUUCGCCAUCGGCUAUUGUUUCAAUGAUAUGGAUAAUUUCAUUGAUUCUAUCUAUUCCCCAUAGUCUAUUCAGUAAAAUUGUCCAUCAUGAUUAUGUGGAAAUGACUAGAUGUACUAUAAACAAUUUUCCGGAUGAAAAAACUAAAUAUUGGUUGACAAUCUAUACUUUCAUCACACAAUAUAUUCUGCCCAUUGGAAUAACAUCGUUCUGUUAUUUACACAUCGGUGUAUUCCUGUGGCGUCGUGAAACAAUUGGACUAAUUUCUGAGCGUAAACGUUUAUUAUUGCUUCAACGGAAAAGAAAACGCAUUCGAUUAUUGAUAAUGGUAGUGGCAACAUUCGCAUUAUGUUGGCUACCAUUAAAUCUAUAUGUUUUGUUCACUGAUCUAGGUUUCAUCACACAUCAUCACAUUCUUUUAUUCUUCAUCGUUCACUGGUUCGCAAUGAGUUCUGUUUGUUACAAUCCAUUCAUCUAUUGUUGGUUGAAUGAAAUGUUUCGUCAGAAGAUAACAUCAAUGUUGAAAUAUUUAUUUUGGAUUCCAUGUGUUAUAAUAUCGAAUCGAUUUUUCUGUCUUAAUUAUUGUUGUUUUUGUUGUUGGUGGUUACGAUGGUGUAAACCGAAUGUCUUCAAUGCUGUGCCGGCAGUAUCAACUGUUUGUGAUCAAAUUCAUUCGAACAAAUGUCGUACAAACAACAAUCAACAACCUAUCACAUUGGAAAAUGGCUGGAAUUUCGAAAGUGAUAUACACCAGAAUCCUGUUUCAUUGGCAUCUUGGUCAAGUACAACAAAUAGUGGUAAUACUACUGGACAACAGCAAGCCAUAUCUGAAUUGAUUUCAAUGUCUGCAUUUCUUGAACAUCAAAAUUCAUUAAAUAACCAAAAUAUUUUCAAUAGUUUUGUUACGAAAGAACAACGUUUAGCAUUGAUGACCACACAAGCUGGCCGUCGUCGAUACCAUAGUGGACAAUUAAUUAUGUUGUUGACAAGAGCUAAUACAUUCCAACAAUCACGACAGCAGCAACAACAACCACAGAAUCAUUCACAACAACAACAAAUGAAUGAAAUACUAGAUCCAGAACCAAUAACGAAAACAACAUCACUUAACCUUAAUUCAUAUUGUUCAUCGUCAGGAUCAUCUGAAAUGGAUAAUCAUACUAAUGUUUAGAAGAGAAACACACACACACAUAAUAAUAUUACAUCGACAAAAUUUGUAUAUACAAUGUUAAAACAAAAAUCUUGAAUCGAUUUUCAUCAUAAUUCCCAAUACAAUUAUAAUUUGUUAUUAACAAAUGUGAAUCGCUUUCAAGAUUCAAAAGUUUUUUUUUUGCAACACAAAUCUGCCUUGUUUUUUUUGCUCUCCUAUUUUCUAUUUAUUUUUUCAUUUAAUCUUUUCAAUGUAUUGCAAUCACAAUUUUUUCCCUUGAUCUAUGAUAAUAAGAAAUGAAUUCUUUGAAUUUGAUAUAUAUAUAUACGAAACGGGCAGUUGACGGACAUAGUCACUAAAAUGAAUGGAUUGAAAAUGGAUAGUGUCUAUGAUAUAACGAAGCUAAACCGAAAUUUUCUCUGUUGAUAGGCGCACAAGUAUAUAUUGGUAUGAUGAACAUGUAUCAAACAUGUUGAAAAUAAAAUGAAA